AUGAGACAAAGUUCUCAAUCUGCAUUGCGGGUUGGGAUUCUAUGCAUGCUCAUGGCUUCUGUUGCGGGUUCCAACAUCAGGUGCACAGAUACAGAAAAGAGAGCUCUUCUAAGCUUCAAACAAAGCCUAGUGGACGAUUCCAACAUUCUUUCUUCUUGGGAAAGUCAAAGAGAUUGUUGCAAGUGGAAGGGAAUAACAUGUAACAACCAAACAGGUCAUGUUAUCAAGCUAGAUCUCCAUUAUGUUUCUGAUUAUUACUCUGCUGAGCAACCUUUAGCAGGUGAGAUAAGUCCUUCACUGCUUCAACUUCCAUAUUUAAAUUACUUAGACCUCAGUUUUAACUCUUUUGAAGGGCUCAGAAUCCCAAGCUUUAUUGGUUCUGUGAGUAAAUUGAAACACCUUAAAAUUGCUGGUGCUGGGUUCAUUGGAACCAUUCCCGACCAAAUUGGAAACCUUUCAAAUCUGCAUACUCUUGACCUCUCAAGGAACUCUGCUAUUGCUGUAAAUAACCUUGAGUGGUUGUCUCAUCUUUCUUCUUUGAGAGUCCUAAACAUGUCUGGUCUAAAUCUUAGUGAAGCAGUGAGUUGGCCACAGUCCAUAAGCAAGCUCUCUUCUCUGAUUGAGCUUCAGUUAUCUUCAUGUAACCUUCCUAAUGUCAAUCCCUCAUCACUUCCCCUUCUUAAUUCCUCCACCUCUCUCCAAGUCCUUGAACUCUCUGAUAAUCUUCUGAAAUCUUCAAUUUUUUCCUGGGUGGUUAACGUCAGCAGCAGACUUGUUCAUGUUGGAUUAAUGGCAUGUCAAGUACAAGGUACAAUCCCAGAUAUUUUCACAAAUAUGGUUUCCUUAGAAUAUCUGGAUCUCUCUUACAAUAAUCUAGAGGGUGGGCUGCCAAGAUCCUUUCAAAAUUUAUGCAGCUUGGAGUCUUUAAAUUUAUGGUCGAGCAAUUUUUCUGAUCGCCUUUAUGACUCCAUGGAAAACCUGUCGUGUGCUGGGAAUACACUGAAACACCUAUAUCUAAGUGGGAACCCAUUUUGGGGUCCAUUUCCCAAUCUUACAAGGUUUUUAUCUCUGGUAGAUUUGACCAUUGAUGGUACCAAAAUGAGUGGAUCUCUCCCUGAGGAUCUUGGGCGGCUUUCCAAGCUACAGAGCUUGAGCUUAGUUGAGAACCAACUCACCGGUUCAAUACCAGAUUUGACAGGACUUUCAUCCCUAAAGAUGUUAUUUCUUUCCAAGAAUAAAUUGAAUGGAUCUGUACCAGAGAGUAUGGGGCAGCUUUCUAGCCUUGAAAAUUUGGAUCUUUCUUCAAAUUCUUUGGAUGGUGUAAUAACUGAAGCCCACUUUUUGAAUCUCUCCGGGUUAAAGUCUUUGGAUAUUUCUAAAAAUCCUUUGUCCAUCGACCUGAGUUCUGAUUGGAUUCCACCUUUUCAACUUCGUGAUUUAGUCAUAAUGUCUUGCAAGAUUGGCCCUGCUUUUCCUAAAUGGAUUCAGACACAGAGAAAACUACAUACACUUUAUAUCACCAAUGCCGGAAUUUCAGAUUCAAUACCCAAUGGGUUUUGGGAUCUGUCUUCCAGCUUGGUGGAGUUAAAUCUCUCUUUCAACCAGAUUCAUGGGAAGUUGCCAAACCUGUCAUCCAAAAACUGCACCUAUUUCUCAUUUGAUUUGAGUUCUAACAACUUGUAUGGUCCACUGCCACCAUUUCCUCCAAACAUAAGCACGGUGUUUCUCUCCAAAAAUACGAUUUCAGGAUCUCUGUCGUCCUUAUUUGCCAUGGAAACUCCAAGCUUGUUUCAUCUUGACCUUUCUGACAAUCUACUAUCAGGGGAACUUCCCAAUUGUUGGAUUCAAUUUCAGCAAAUGCUCAACUUGAAUCUGGCAAAAAACAAUUUUUCUGGGAAAAUACCACACUCCAUGGGCUAUUUGCAAAAUCUUGCAGUCUUGCGUUUACAAGAUAAUAAUUUCUCAGGAGAACUGCCUUCUUUAGAGAAUUGUACAGAGUUGGGUGUUGUUGACUUAGGAGGGAACAAGUUAACUGGAAGAAUACCAGAAUGGAUAGGAAAACGCCUAUCAAAGUUGAUAAUUCUUCGCUUACGACAGAAUGAGUUCAAUGGAAGCUUGCCCUCAAGCCUUUGUAAUCUCCCAGCCCUUCAAAAUUUGGACCUGUCUCACAACAGGGUGUCUGGGCUCUUGCCGCAGUGCCUUAAUAAUCUGACUGCCAUGUAUAAUGAGAUAGAUGUUCGUCUAAUUCUUGGCCUUGUUCAAGUGGUUUGGAAAGGAUUAGAGCUUGAGUUUGGAGAAAAUCUUAAGUAUCUCAGAAGCAUUGAUAUUUCAAGCAAUUACUUAAGUGGGACAAUUCCUGAUAAUUUAACAAGUCUGUACAAAUUAAUAUCUCUGAACCUGUCAAGGAACAAUUUGAAUGGGAGCAUUCCCGAAAAGUUUGGUCAGUUGCACAUGCUAGAAUCACUUGAUUUGUCAAGAAACCAGAUAUUGGGUAACAUUCCUGGAAGCUUUUCUGAUUUAACUUUUCUUGGAGUUUUGGACUUGUCUCACAACAAUUUGAGUGGUAGAAUUCCAUUAAGCACCCAACUACAGGGUUUUAAUGCUUCUGUUUACAUGGGAAAUGAGGGACUCUGUGGAAAACCUCUCACAAAAAGGUGCCCAGGAGAUGAGACAGAUGAAGGUUCCAGUGCCACUAAAGGUAGUGAACAUGAUGAUAUAGAAGGAGAUGAUGAUGGUUUUGUAAGCUUCGGAUUUUAUCUUAGUAUGGGGGUCGGAUAUUUCGUAGGAUUCUGGGGAAUUUUUGGUCCUUUACUGCUCAAACGUUCUUGGAGAAACGCCUACUUUAAGUUUUUGCAUGAUGCAGAAGAUUGGAUCUACGUAAAAACAAGAGCAGCUAAAGCAAGACUAAUGCAGAAGAGACGUUAA